GUGAGUUUUCCCUUUUUGUUUAACUUAUUCACAUUUUCAGAAAAGUUUUGCUAACCAAUAUGCUCCGUUUCAUUAACCUGCGUUUGGCCAUUAGCGCUUACACACUUUUUAUGAUAGAACAGAAAAACAAUGCUAAACUCAAGGGACUUCGCAUUUCAGAACGCGGCAAAAUGACCUCAAAUAUGUAUAAAGCGCUUUCCCCUCAAGAUCGAGAGCUUCUUUUGAAACGCGCUGCCGCUCACCCGCCGCUAAAGCGUUCGGCUAAAACUAUCAAGACGUCGGCUGAUAAGAAGGACCCCAAGAAACCUCGCAAAGCCACUGCUUACACAAUUUUUGUGAAAGAAAACAUGAAUAAGUUUGAUAAAUUGCCCCAUCGUGAUCGUAUGAAAGCAGUAGCAAGGCUCUGGAAGCAGGAAAAACAGCGUGUUAGUCCUUAAUAACUAUCGACUAUAACAUUCGUCCCUUAUUAUUGGGUCAGAUAUACACAAUUAUCAUACACUAUAAUAUGCAAACACUCGAAUCUUCCCUAAUGUUUCUGCAUCUUUUAGUUAUAGACACUUUUUCCUUCUACACACCCCAUAUAUAUAUAUAUGUAUAUAUAUAUAGUCCUUUUAGGCUCUUACUUUGAAUUCCAGCCUGAUAAGGUAAGAGCACUAAUUAAAAAAAAAUGAAGUUUUGGUACUAGUAAAUGGAUUUUUCUAAUUCAGAUUUUUAUGAUGACCUAACAUUCUGGUGUAAAAUAAUUCCCAACUCAAUGCAUUGUCUCUCUGAAUGGGAAAUAUGAAGCAUCAAGAUUGAUAGAAAUGCUUUCUUUUCAAGGAGAUGGAAUAAAAAUAAUAUCUACCUGCAAACAAUUUAGAAUAAUUAAAAACGGAAAUACGUGGGGAGGGGUGGGGGAGAUGAAACUAGAAGUAUUCAGUUAGACACUUUUCUGGCGAACAUUUUUUGAGUGAACAAAGAAAUUAUCUUCUUUUAAAGAUUUACUUUUAGAGACAGUUGUGGAAAGGCAAAACGAACCUUUAGCACACUUUUCUUCACUGAUUGUAAGUAUUUAUUUUAUGCCCUUUUGUUAAUUUGACUCACAUGGUGGAAAAAAGAUUCAGAAUAAUAUGCCGAAA